AUGAAGAUCCUAUACUCAGCAUUCCUGAGCAACAGAAGCGUAUGGUCUAUUGGAAGAGAUCACAUAAACCGCGAAUUGGGCCCGUGCAUUACAGACGCAUUCCAUACUGGAACCUGCCAACCGAGCAGAAAGCGACUGAUAUGUGGUACUAACAGAAUUUCGAAAAUUCACAAGGAACGAACAAAGGCAGAAACUGGUCAUCAUACGAUUUCCAAGUUUUUAUCAUUAAUCGCACAAUAG